AUGCUGUGUCCUGUGCUGCUCUGUGCCGCUCUGCUCCUCCUGACGCCGCUGGACCUCACAGAGGCUCGCGCUCUGCAUCCCGGCACCGAUGCCACGCAGUUUAUGGAGCAGUUUCUGGAACGCUACAAUGACCUUUUGACCCUGGACGACCUGGAGAACCUGUUAAACAGCCAACCAGAGGAGCAGUCCACCUUCUCCUCCGGGGUCAAAGCGGCCGAGACCCCCAAAUGGGCCAACGCGCAGACGCAGCCCGAGACCCCCUGGCUGCGCCUGCUGAAGGGCGCCCUGGCCAAUCAGAAGCGUGCGGAGCCGGAGCGCUCACGGCGGGGAUGGAACCGGGGCUGCUUCGGGCUGAAGCUGGACCGGAUCGGGUCCAUGAGCGGACUGGGCUGUUAG